CUGAAGACACCAGGAAGUUCAUCGCUCGCCGCAAUCGGAUUCGUGCAACGCGAUUGGUGCUAGCACUUUCGGUACGGUUUUAACGUAAUCUCGAUACGACCGCCCCACACCCCAUUAUUUUACUUGCUAUAGCAACAUUUAAUUCAGUGCACCUCCCUCGGCGAUUAUCUGGAAAGUUCUUCGUGUCCUUCCUCUCCAAGAGUGGUCUUAAAUUGCGGACCGCUUGUAAAAGCUUGCAGCCCAAAUGACUCUAAACAAAGGAGGACAGCAGAGCGAACUGCAACGCGUCUCUUAAGCAAGACCUCUUGUUAAUUAGAUUGCUAUAUUUUAGCUAAAUCGUUGCACCUGUGAUCCACAUAGUGUCAGGAGCUAAACGCUGUUCAGCAGCAAACGCGCUAAAAUAGUUAACGUUAGCUAGGGUACACCUCUGCGACAGAAUUGCCCCCUUCUAGCUGCCACUUGGUUUUGCUGUGCUGCCAGGGACAGUUAUUCUCAUCGAUUGCUAAGGGUUAGCUUUUCCAUACUGCACCGGACUGAGCUAACGUUCGCUAAAUUACGAGCACUUUCAAGGCGACCAAUUUGCUCUUUAUCUGGAUUAGCUGUACUGUACAGUUCAGAUUUAGGUAAAGAUUUGCGAACGGGUGAAGAUCAGAAAGCUAGCGAGCCAGUAUGACCGCAGAAGAAGUGACCAGCGGGGAGCAAGCCAUGGAAGGAGAAGAUAUCACACCGAAGAAAGAUGGGGGUGUUUUAAAGCUGGUGAAGAAGGAAGGGACUGGCAGUGAGAUGCCCAUGACCGGAGACAAAGUCUUUGUGCACUAUGUUGGCACCCUUCUGGACGGCACCAAGUUCGACUCUAGCCAUGACCGGGGUGAAAAGUUCUCCUUUGAACUCGGGAAAGGUCAGGUGAUCAAAGGCUGGGAUCUGGGCGUGGCAACUAUGAAGACUGGGGAGGUGUGCCAGCUCACCUGCAAGCCAGAGUAUGCCUACGGUGCAGCCGGCAGCCCUCCGACGAUCCCUCCCAAUGCCACACUGGUGUUUGAGGUGGAGCUGUUUGACUUUCGCGGGGAGGACAUCACCGAGGAUGAGGACGGUGGCAUCAUGCGCAGGGUCCUAACGAAGGGCGAGGGCUACACCAAACCCAGCGAGGGAUCGGAGGUGGAGGUGACGGUGGAAGGCUCCUUGGACGGCAGGAUGUUUGACGAAAGGGAGCUGAAGUUUGAGAUCGGGGACUGUGAGACCGUGCACCUGCCCAUGGGGGUGGAGAAGGCCCUCAUGGCUAUGGAGGAGGGGGAGGAGUCCCUCUUCACCCUCAAGCCAAAGUACGGAUAUGGAAAUGUAGGAAACGAGAAAUAUAAUAUUCCGCCUGGCGCAACUCUUAGAUACAAACUCAAACUGAAAGCCUUUGAGAAGGUCAAAGAAUCCUGGGAAAUGAACACAGCGGAGAAACUAGAACAAAGUGCCCUAGUGAAGGAGAAAGGAACCAAGUAUUUUAAAGAGGGGAAGUACAAGCAGGCUACAGUGCACUACAAGCGGAUCGUGUCGUGGCUGGAGCACGAGAGUGACCUGAAGGACCAGGACGAGCAGAAGGCCCGGGCGCUGCGGCUGGCCGCUCACCUCAACCUGGCCAUGUGCUAUCUGAGGAUGCAUGAGGAGAGCCAGGCACUGGAGGACUGCAACAAGGCGCUGGAGCUGGAUAGCAAUAACGAGAAGGCGCUGUUCCGGCGGGCAGAGGCGCUCUUCGCCAUGAAGGAGUUCGAGUGGGCCCGCAACGACUUCCAGAAGGUGGUGGAGCUCUACCCCGCCAACAAGGCCGCCAAGGCGCAAGUGGCGGCCUGCCUGCGGCAAAUCAAACUGCAGCGCGAGAGGGACCGGCUCCUCUACGCCAACAUGUUCCAGAAGUUCGCCGAGAAGGACGCCAAGAAGCAGGCCGAGAAGGUGAAGAACGGCAACAAGGAGAACGGUGACGGGGGAACGGACGUGGAGGAGAACGGAGCCCAGGAGCCAGUGGAGACAUAAACAUUUUUGGCAUUUUGUUCUUGUUUAGUCCUCUCUUUCCCUUUUCCUUUGCUUUUUUUUUAGACUUUUGUAACUUAAGGAGCUGUAGAGUUUGCAGAGUGAUUCUACGUGUGCUUGUUCUGUGGGGGGGGGGGGGUUUAUGUUCAUUGUAACAGAGACUGGAGGGAUGAGGAAGCGGUCUCUUUACUGGAAUGUUAUGGGUCGGGUUUACACACUGUGUACUGUGUGGCUUCCUCCCCCAUCCGUCUCCAUCAGCUUCACUGGGUUUUUCCUGUGUCAUCGUCCACGCAUGCCACAGGCUUUAGAGUAGAGCUCAGACAGAACGCCGCAGCACCUCAUCACUCAGCCAUGUACCUGUUGCACGUCCGACUCUGGUAUCCGAACCUCUCGGUGUGUCUGAGGUUUAGCUGUUAAACAGUCAGAUCGCAGGGUCACUUUUUACAAGCACUCUUUAAAAAGUGCCUGUAAUGUACAGCUCAGCUUAUCAGAUUCCCUUCCUGCGCUGUCAUGCCAGUAUCUUAGUGGAGAGGAGCUGUUUCAGCCCAGGCUUUUUGCACUAUGAGCAUAACCAGCUCGGGUACACAUUAAAAAUUUUCAGCACUGAUUUUCGCCCCUCAAUGAAUGACAACAUGGUCACAUUGAGCUCUUAUGAUCACUCACAGAGACAUUCAUACCUAAGAUGCUGUUGUAGACCCUGUACAUAAUAGCCUGGGUGCAAAAAUACUGACUGUUGACUUUUGGUUUGUUUGUUUUUUGGUUGUUGUAUUUUUUUAAGGAUAGAUUUUGGUUGUAAUUGUCAUCUAAAUUCGUAGGGUUAUUGACCCAAACCCAAGCAAGUGGACCUGCUUCUCUCCAGUGAACCUUGCUGGCAUCCCUCUACCACACCAGCAGUGCUGGAAAACAUUGAGUCCAGGUUAUGGCAGAUCGGUUUUGUUGUGUUAGCUGCUGUUAUCAUUUGGAAAAGGAAGGUGCUGUUAAACUCUUGCCAUUAAGUGUUAGUUGGGCUGGCUUCAGCUGCUACACCCUGCAGUGAUGUGACAAAGUUCCACAGUUGUCACCUUGUCAAAUGACUGAAUUCCUUGGCGCUCAAGAGAUGGCAAUAAAUCAAAAC